ACUCUCUCUCUCCAUUGCCAAUUGCUUCAAGUAACACCAAAAUGGCGUCCAUCAUCUCCCGUACCAGCUUCCGUGCUCUCACGGCUCUUCCCCGGGCCACUCCCCUUCCCCGAUUGUCUCUUUCUAGCCAGCUCCCGCGCGUGCAGCCCCGCGUGCAGCCCGUCCCCCGUCGCUUCCUUGCCACCAUUCCUCAGGAGCAGCCCCGUCUGCGUCUCGGAUCUAAGGCCCCCAACUUCAAGGCCAAGACCACCCAUGGCGACAUUGACUUCCACGAGUUCAUCGGCAACAGCUGGGCGAUCCUGUUCUCGCACCCGGCUGACUUCACACCCGUGUGCACCACCGAGCUGGGUGCCUUCGCCAAGCUGAAGGGCGAGUUCGAGAAGCGAGACGUCAAGAUGAUCGGCCUGAGCGCCGACGACCUCACCCUGCACGAGGAAUGGAUCAACGACAUCAAUGAAGUGAACAACACGCAGGUGCAGUUUCCCAUUAUUGCCGACGCGGACCGCAAGGUGGCGUUCCUGUACGAUAUGAUCGACCAGCGCGACCUGGACAACAUGGCGGAGAAGGGGAUCCCGUUCACGAUCCGGUCGGUCUUCGUCAUCGACCCGGCUAAGACCAUCCGGCUCAUCAUGGCGUACCCGGCCUCGACGGGUCGCAACUCGGCGGAGGUGCUGCGUGUGAUCGACUCGCUGCAGACGGUCGACAAGCGCGGCAUCGCCACCCCGAUUGACUGGAACGCGGGCGACGAUGUGAUCGUGCCCCCGUCUGUGUCGACCGAGGACGCCAAGAAGAAGUUCGGCAAUGUGCGUGAGCUGAAGCCGUACCUGCGUUACACUAAGGCUUGAGUGCCGUGACCGGCCGAUGUGUGUCGAAUAGAAAAUGAUGGCAGAUUGGAGGUUAGUGGUUAGUUAUUGUAACAUC